AGUAUAUUUCGCUUGUAUACCUUUACUUCCGGUAACGUUUUGUCUGCUGUUUAUCAUUCUAAAACAUCGUUCAAAAAGGGUAUGCAUUCACCUAAAUAGAUAAUCAAAAAUGUCUGGAACAAUCGAAAUUCCUCUAAAAGACUCGGAUGAGGUUAUCGAACUAGACGUCGAAAACCUUCCCGAUGGAGAGGAAGUACUCAAUAUCUUACGACAAGAACAAGUUCCUUUGCACACUUGGAAUGCUCUAGGGCUUGAAUAUUACAAGCAAGAGAAAAUAGGGGAAUUUGUUACUGUUUUUGAAGCGGCUAGACAUGAGGCGAAUACAAAUUAUCCAGAAGCUGAGAAAGAUCGUAUGCGAUGCCUUGAUUCUUUGGCAGGACAUUAUGUUCAAAUGGCUUGUAAAGAAAAGAACAAAGAUAAGAAGAUGGAAUAUUUUGGUUUAGCCACGCAUAUGUAUACGGCGGCCGAUAAAAUUAUAAUGUAUGAGCAGAACCAUCUUCUAGGACGGGCCUUUUAUUGUUUAAUGAAAAAUGAAAAAUUGGAUCAAGCCGAUGCUCAGUUUAGUUUCGUUUUGAACAGUGAUCCGAAUUGCACAAGAGCUUUGUGCGGAAAAGCCGCUAUUGCUUACGGGAAGAAAGAGUAUAAAGUAGCUUUGACUUUCUAUAAGAGAGCCUUGAGAUCUAAUCCCAACUGUCCAGCCGGUGUAAGAUUAGGCAUAGGUCAUUGCUAUUACAAACUGAAUAAGACUGAGAAAUCCAGAAUGGCAUUUGAAAGAGCACUGAAACUCGACUCUAAGUGCGUCGGAGCCUUAGUUGGUUUAGCCCUCAUGGAUAUCAAUUUAAAUACUGGAGAAGGCAUCAAAAAUGGUAUUCAAUUGUUAUCUCGAGCUUAUUCAAUAGACCAACAACAUCCUAUGGUUCUUAACCAUCUAGCCAACCAUUUUUUCUACAAGAAGGACUAUGAAAAAACUCAUCAACUUGCUCUACAUGCUUUUCACAACACUGAAAAUGAAGCUAUGAGAGCUGAGAGUUGUUAUCAAAUGGCGAGAGUUUUUCAUGUUCAAGAAGAUCAUGAACAAGCUUUUCAAUAUUAUUAUCAGUCCACUCAAUUCGCACCAUCAAAUUAUGUCUUACCUCAUUUUGGUCUUGGCCAAAUGUACAUAGCCAGAAAUAACCUUAAGGAAGCAGCUGAACACUUUGAAAAAGUUUUAAAAGUUGUUCCAAAUAACUAUGAAACAAUAAAAAUUUUGGGAUGUAUUUAUGCUCAACAAGCUGAUGCUGAUGAUAAGAAGCGUGAGAAUGCAAGAAGCUACUUGAAAAAAGUGACUGAUCAAUUUCCUGAAGAUGUUGAAGCUUGGUUACAAUAUGCACAAAUUUUGGAACGUUACGAUGUCACAACAGCUCUGCAAGCGUAUAAUAAAGCUAUUGAUGUAUAUGAUCAAAUUGGCGAUGAUAUACCACCAGAACUUAUCAACAAUAUAGCAGCCCUCUAUUUCCGAAACAGUGAUCUAGAACAAGCAUCCAAGUUUUACGAAAAAUCUCAGUCAAGGAUAGAGGCAGAAUUAAGAAAGCGUCCAGAUGAUUCGUAUUACGGUGCAAUUUCUGUAACAGUUACCUAUAACCUUGCAAGAUUGCAUGAAGCAUUUCACAAAACUGAAGAUGCCGAAAGGCUAUAUAAAAAUAUUCUGCGAGAACAUCCGAAUUACAUAGACUGUUAUCUUCGUUUGGGGUGUAUGGCACGGGAUAGAGGUGAAAUUUAUGAGGCAUCUGACUGGUUCAAGGAGGCUCUUCAAAUUAAUCAAGACAACCCUGAAGCGUGGUCCCUUAUUGGUAAUCUUCAUUUGGGUAAACAAGAAUGGGGACCCGGACAGAAAAAAUUUGAACGAAUUAUCCAAAGACCUUCAACUAAAGACGAUAACUAUGCAAUGAUCUCUCUCGGUAACGUGUGGUUGCAAUCUCUUCACCAGCCAACAAGAGAUAAGUUCAAAGAAAAACGUCAUCAAGAAAGAGCUCUAUCAAUUUUUAAAUCAGUUCUCAGAGCUGACGGAAGAAAUAUUUGGGCAGCCAAUGGUAUUGCUUGUAUUCUGGCUCACAAGGGCCACUUGAGCGAAGCCCGAGAUAUAUUCUCAGAUGUUAGAGAGGCAACAGCAGAUUUUAGUGACGUUUGGUUGAACAUAGCACACAUUUACACUGAACAACGCCAAUAUGUAGCAGCUAUUCAAAUGUAUGAAAAUUGUAUUAAAAAAUUUGGGCAACAAAAUAACACCGAAAUGCUGUUAUUUCUGGCUCGGGCAUAUUAUAAAGCAAACAAACUUCAAGACUGCCGUAAAGUACUGGAAAGAGCUCGUCAUGUUAAGCCCACAGAUACCGCGUUGUUGUACAACAUUUCUCUAGUGCAGCAAAAAUUGGCUACACAAACUUUGAAGGAUGAAAAAGCAACAUUAAAACUCGUGCUACAUGCUGUUGAUGAUUUAGAUCUUGCCCACAAAGCUUUCAUUUUCUUGUCUAAACAUGGUGACAGGAUAAAAUUCGAUUUAAAUCACGCUGCUGUAGAGGCAAGACAGUGUAUGGAUCUUCUGAAUCAAGCACAAUAUCAUGUAGCUAGAGCUCGAAAAUUAGACGAACAAGAGCGCGAAUUAAGAAGAAAGCAUGAGGAAGAGUGUGAAGCUCUCAAAUUGAAGAAACAGAAAGAAAAAGAGGAAAGAGAACGAGAGAGAGUAGAAAAAGAAAAGAAAAUGUUGGAGGAAAGAGAGAAGUUUAAGGAAAAGACCAAGAAAUUAUUGCAAUUUGACCCUAUAAUUGAAGAAAAGCCGGAGAAGAAGAAGAAGGGAGGGAAGAGAGAAAAUAAAGAAGAUAAUAAUAGUGCUUCAAGUGAAGAAGAAGGUGAAACCCGAAAGGAAAGAAAAAAGCGAAAGAAGGCAACAAAACGAAAGAGAGAUAAUGUAAAUGAUGGUUUAACCGCUAAGCAAAGGAAGAAAGUUCGAUCUGCUCAGUUUGUUGAAGAUUCAUCAUCAUCCAGUAAUGAGGAAAGCAGCAAACCAUCACAAAGUCUCAAUAAUACCUUUAACUCAGAUAACUCGGAUCGUAGUGACAAUGACAGUGAUGAUAAUAGGGGAGAUAGUGAUAGACAAACAAAGUUUAUUCCAAGUAGCUCGUCGUCUGAAAAUGAGGAACAAGAAGAAAGUAAACAAGAUACAGAGGCUCGAGGUUCUCAAGACAGUCAAAGCGAACAGGGCGAAGAACAAAAUAGGGAAGUUUCCAAUAGCGAUGAUGAUGACGACUAAGACUAUUAAUAUAAAGCCGUAAAUAUGUAAAUUUUGAUAGAUAUAAAAGUAUGGAUAUCUAUAUAUCUAUAUCUACAUAUAUAUAUAUAUAUAUAUAUAUAU